AUGACAACACCCGACAACCUCCUCGCUCUCGCAGCCGAGCUCGCAAAACUGGGCAACGAGUUGACCGCAGUCGGUGUCAGGCUAGCAACAGCAGCAUCUGAGCUGGAGCAAGAAGCCGCGAAUCUGGCCGAAGAACGCGCGAAGCGAUGGGGAUUCGAGAUCCAGGUCGCUGUUGGCGUGAAGGGUGGGCCAGGGAGUGCUGGAGCGAACUACCAAACGAGUGUCGUUGAGGUGAAGAAGUGA